AUGGCCUCUAUCACCCGCGCCUUGCGACCCCUGUCGCGCACCACUCCCUCGGCCCGGCUGGCCUCCAAGCGGCUAGCUACCACCCGCCCGAUCCAAAGCGCCUAUGCCUUCUCGACCACUCCUCGCCGGCGGGAAGUCGAUCUCUCCAGCCUCACCCCCACGCCAAUCACCUUCUUGUCCGAGACCGAGUCCCUGAUGGCGGAUACGGUCUCCAAAUUCGCCUCCGAGCAAAUCGGCCCGAAGGUCCGGGAUAUGGAUGAGUCCGAGACUAUGGACCCGACAGUGGUGGAGCAGCUCUUCGAGCAGGGCAUUAUGGGUAUCGAGAUUCCCGAGGAGUUCGGCGGAGCAGGCAUGAACUUCACCUCCGCGAUUGUGGCAAUCGAGGAGCUAGCGCGUGUCGACCCCAGCGUCAGCGUCAUGGUCGACGUCCACAACACCCUCGUCAACACUGCCUUCAUCAAGUACGGCGACGCCCAGGUCCAUCGCACCUGGCUGCCCAAGCUGAGCACCGGCACCGUCGGCUCGUUCUGUCUGUCGGAGCCGGUCUCGGGCUCGGACGCAUUUGCUCUGCAAACCAAGGCCGAGAAGACUGCCGAUGGCUACAAGAUCAAUGGCUCCAAGAUGUGGAUCACCAACGCCAUGGAGUCGGGUAUCUUCAUUGUUUUCGCCAACCUCAACCCCAGCGCGGGAUACAAGGGCAUCACCGCCUUCAUUGUUGAGAAGGACACCCCCGGCUUCUCCAUCGCUAAGAAGGAGAAGAAGCUCGGUAUCCGGGCUAGCAGCACCUGUGUGCUCAACUUUGAUGAUGUUGUCAUCCCCAAGAGCAACCUGCUCGGCGAGGAGGGCAAGGGCUACAAGAUUGCCAUCGAAAUUCUGAACGAGGGUCGUAUUGGUAUCGCCGCCCAGAUGACCGGCCUGGCGCUCGGUGCCUGGGAGCACGCUGCUCGCUACGUCUGGAACGACCGCAAGCAGUUCGGUCAGCUGAUUGGCGAGUUCCAAGGCAUGCAGCACCAGAUGGCGCAGGCCUACACUGAGAUCGCCGCCGCGCGGGCUCUGGUCUACAACGCGGCGCGCAAGAAGGAGGCCGGUCAGGACUUCGUGCAGGACGCCGCCAUGGCAAAGCUGUACGCUUCCCAGGUUGCCGGCCGCGUGGCCGGCUCUGCUGUUGAGUGGAUGGGCGGCAUGGGCUUUGUCCGCGAGGGCAUCGCCGAGAAGAUGUUCCGGGACAGCAAGAUCGGCGCCAUCUACGAGGGUACCAGCAACAUCCAGCUGCAGACUAUCGCCAAGAUGCUGCAAAAGCAGUACACGAACUAG